AUGGAAAAUAACUCAUCAGAACAAGCGACUAUUCGUGGUUGUAAAGCAAACAAAUUGAGCGUGUCGGAGGUGAAGGAAAUGUGGAAUAUUGGGAAAAUAUUCCACAAAUUCCAAUUGAAGGAGAGUUGCGUAUCGUUUUGCGAAGAGGAGGGUCUGAUUGCUAAGGAAAGGGUGCAUAGACUGCCGAUGGUGCUCUCCGUGAUGGGAAAUAGCACCGUCGGUACGUUUAGGUGCAGAAAAGGAUCUUGCCGAACGCGUUCCGCAAUAUCUCGGUCCGUGGGCACCUUUUUCGAAAAUGUUAAAAUACCAUUGCCACAAGUAUUUUAUUUAAUGUUUUGCUACGCAUCGCACUGGUCGCACGAGAUAGUUAGAAAAAACAGCGUUGUCAGGGAACCUAUAUUAUCUAGCGCUACCAUAUGUGACUGGUAUAACUACUGUCGCGAAGCGGUAGUUUUAUACCAAGUGGAAAAUCAGGAGGCGGUAGGUAAAAUAGGUGGCCCUGGCAAAAUGGUACAAAUUGAUGAGAGCAAAUUCGGGAAAAGGAAAUAUAAUAAAGGCAGGAGUGUGGAAGGUCACUGGGUGUUGGGGAUGAUUGAGGAUGGGAGCGACGACCUGCGGUUGGAGGUAUGCCCAGGAAAUAUUAGGUCUGCGGAGGUGCUCAUACCCCUGAUUAAAAAGCAUGUUGCGCCAGGGACUAUAAUUAGCACGGAUUGCUGGAAAGCGUACGAUGGACUUCCUCUUUCCAACGGGUAUGAGCACCGAAAAGUAAACCAUAGCGAUCCGGACAGUCCAUUUGUGGCUGCAGAUGGAACACAUACGCAGCGUAUUGAAUCACAGUGGCGUGUAAUAAAAAGGUUUUUUGCGAGGGACAACCACAACAAUCCGGAAAACUUCGCCGAUUUAAUUGUAGAGUACGUUUGGCGGAAAAAUGUGGCCAACAGACACGAGGAUCCUUUUGUUAAAUUAUUAGAGGCAAUAAAAUUUAUAUACAAGCCUUAA